AGUCCGAUUUUAUGAACCUUAACACAGUUUUGUUCUACAUUUUUGGAAAUAGUUGCUUUUGAAAUACAAUGCGUAGUUCUAAUCUCACAUGUCUACAAUUAUAAUUUAAUACCCCCAAACAGUUAAGCUAAUUUAAGAAAAACACUUCGCUUUUUGAUAAUCAUAAUCUCACAUUAAACUAGUUUAACAAAAGUUGCAUAAUUUAGAUAUAAUUGAGGUUUUUUUCCCCUUCAGUUUUUAUUUGGAAGGAAGCCCCACGAGACUGAUACCUCAUUUUCGCCUGGAAAGUCUCCGCCCUACUGCUAGUCUGAGGCCGUCGGCUUCCUCUGAAGCGCUUGGCUGGCCAUAAGCUGCUAAAUGUUUCUUGUAUUCCUUUAUAUUUCGUACAGACAACAGGAAAAUAAAUAUUAUUCGAGGACAGAAGUAACAUUGUGGAGUGAAAAGGUCGAGGAAUAACCUUCUGCCGGAUUUGCGUCGGCGCCCUGGCACAUUUGUUCAGUACUUUAGCUCCAGAAGCUAGCGGUUGGAGAGAGUGGACGCAUCGACAGGAAAUCGGCUGCAGGGCGGCAUUGGCCUGGCUUCUGACGUCACACUUGGAUGUGGGCCGGGUAGGAUGUCCACCACAGGCUGCAGCGAGACGCUUCUCGUGUAAAGUGGGAGGAGUUGGAUCUGGAUCCAGCCUCACACCCUGGAUCUCGUGUUCUGCAGCUGAUUUGACUGUGCUCCCAUGGAUGGCAAGAGUAUGAGAAUCUAAUCAACACUUGGUAUCAUGGCUCCACUCUCGCCCUGACCUCUUGGUUCACCCAGGAUCCAAAAUGAGCAUAAGCAGCGAUGAGGUCAAUUUCCUGGUGUACAGAUACCUGCAAGAGUCAGGCUUCUCCCACUCAGCGUUCACCUUUGGCAUAGAGAGCCACAUCAGCCAGUCCAACAUCAACGGAGCUCUGGUGCCCCCUGCUGCCCUCAUCUCCAUCAUCCAGAAAGGCCUGCAGUAUGUGGAGGCUGAAGUCAGCAUCAAUGAGGAUGGUACGCUGUUUGAUGGACGACCGAUCGAGUCGCUGUCGUUGAUUGAUGCAGUGAUGCCAGACGUGGUGCAAACGAGGCAGCAGGUGUAUAAGGAUAAGCUGGCUCAACAGCAAGCUGCCGCCGCCUCCAGUGCCACAACGGCCGCUGCUGCCAAGAACGGAGAGAACACGGCUAAUGGAGAGGAGAAUGGAUCUCACACGCUGUCUAACCACCACUCUGACAUGAUGGAGGUGGACAGGGCAGUGGAGAUCCCAGCCAGUAAAGCCAUGGUGCUGCGGGGUCAUGAGUCUGAGGUUUUCAUCUGUGCUUGGAACCCUGUCAGCGAUCUGCUGGCCUCUGGCUCUGGAGACUCGACUGCACGGAUCUGGAACCUGAGUGAGAGCAGCGCAGGAGGAUCCACUCAGCUGGUGCUGCGCCACUGCAUUCGGGAGGGGGGGCAGGAUGUACCCAGUAACAAAGACGUCACCUCACUGGACUGGAAUAGUGAAGGUACACUUCUAGCCACAGGAUCCUAUGAUGGCUUUGCUAGGAUAUGGACUAAAGAUGGUAAUCUUGCCAGUACACUGGGGCAGCAUAAAGGUCCCAUAUUUGCUUUAAAGUGGAACAAGAAAGGAAAUUUUAUUCUCAGCGCUGGUGUUGAUAAGACCACCAUUAUUUGGGACGCACACACAGGAGAGGCCAAACAGCAAUUUCCAUUCCAUUCUGCUCCGGCUCUGGACGUGGACUGGCAGAGCAACAACACGUUUGCCUCCUGCAGCACGGACAUGUGCAUUCACGUGUGUAAACUGGGCCAGGACAGGCCAGUCAAAACAUUCCAGGGCCACACAAAUGAAGUCAAUGCAAUCAAAUGGGAUCCAACAGGGAAUCUCUUGGCCUCCUGCUCUGAUGACAUGACGCUAAAACUUUGGAGCAUGAAACAGGACACUUGUGUUCAUGACCUGCAAGCCCACAGUAAAGAGAUCUACACCAUCAAAUGGAGCCCUACUGGCCCUGGAACCAACAACCCCAAUGCCAACCUCAUGCUGGCCAGCGCGUCGUUUGAUUCAACGGUGCGUCUGUGGGACGCAGAGCGUGGCGCCUGCAUCCACACUCUGACCAAACACCAGGAGCCCGUCUACAGUGUGGCAUUCAGCCCAGAUGGGCGGCACCUGGCCAGCGGCUCCUUCGACAAGUGUGUCCAUAUCUGGAACACGCAGAGUGGUGCUUUAGUCAACAGCUACAGAGGGACGGGCGGCAUUUUUGAAGUAUGCUGGAACUCCACUGGGGACAAAGUGGGCGCAAGUGCAUCAGACGGAUCGGUUUGUGUAUUAGACCUAAGGAAAUGACACUGCCGCUGGGAAGCCAUGGACCGACUAUGAAUGUGUGCAUAGCCAAAUUUACCGACUGUCCCUGGCCCAUCAUCCACUGCUGUAGUCCACGCGUGAGGUGCCAGACCACAGCCCAGACCAGCAGUCCCUCAGCUCCAUCACAACAUGGACCUGUGACGCUUAAGACACACACGAAAUCAGCGUGCUCAAGGACUGUUAUAUACAGACACGCUCGAGACAUGAGAAAUAUACCGCAUGUGCACACACACACACACACACACACCUCAUUAGUUCCUGUGUUCAUCAUUCCAAACCCAGAGGGCAGAGGUCCACACCGCUGUCGUGUGCAUAUUGUACACGCCCAGCGCUCCAACAAUGGUUUAUGCGUAACUGCAUGAGCUAAAGAGCAGAAUAUGGCCAACUUGUGGCUGUAUGAAAUUGACAUUUUUAGAGUAUUGGCACUGUAUGUUUAGUGGCUUUGCGACUUUGGAACUGUUCUCCAAAAAAUGCUCAAGGAUUUUUUUUUUUUUUUUUUUUUGCCAAACUUUGAGAGAGAAUUUGAUUCUUUUUAAGAGUUAUAUGAGUACAGAAAGCCUAUUAAAUUACUCAACUAUAUUUUCUAACACGAAUGCCCUGUGUUAUUUUGUACAACCUAUGCAACUUUGUUGUAAGACAAAACUGAACUAGCAGUGCAUGAAUGCGUGAAGUCUGUACGGUUAAAAUAUCUGAUAGGCCUACCCUAAAAACACAACGGCACAUUCACUCUUGCUGUUCUGUUACAAAAACUAUAGCUAUCAGGUUAUUCAUUCCUUUUUUUUUUUUUUUAUUAUUCCUAUGAUUACCCUUUCACCUUCCUCCUAGAUGAUAUUUAACAUCACUUAAAAAUGUUUGACAGAGUUGUUACCCUGAUUUAAUGUUCUUUCUUUAGUGCUGUUUAUUGCUCUCAUUUCCUGCUUUUCUAUAGAGGUUUGACACUUAGUGCUUGGUAUGUGUGUGUGUGACUGUAACAGCCAUAGUCUAUGGCUUUACGUGAGUAACAGAAUUAUGGGUCGGUGCGGUUUUUAUCCAGUUUCAGUCAGUCAGCAGGGAAGUGGACAAGCUUUUUGAUUCAUCUAAUUCGAUAGUCCAAAGUCAGGUUGAGGUGGUGAUGUUUUGCUAACUAUUUUUGUUCGUUUGUAAAAUGACAUUGUGCAGUGAAGGUAUGGGUAUAAAUGCAGAAACUGAUGUAGAAAAACGUAAAUGUGUCCACAGGGAUGCUCCUGUUAUAAAGGACAGAUUUUAACGCAAAGUCCGUUAACAUUAUGGACUUCUUGCGGCAUGGUUUUGUCAGGGUAAAGGCACAUUGAUUUAGAGUUUGCUAGACGCUGUCACGUGUCUUUAUAAAAUACCAUUAGACAGUCAUAGUCCAGAGAAGAAGAUUUUACCCAGCACACUCAUGCCACCUCUCAGCACUUUAGACCUACUCCCAUGAAAUCCAAUGAGCACUUAAAAACAUCUUUUAUCUUUUGGACUGAAAGUACUUGAGUGACAUUUAAACAUUUACUUGAAUGAACCAGAUAAUUAUUAGAGGAUGAGGUGGCUGGUUUAAACGUAUGUAAUUUUUUUUUUUUUUUUUUUUUAAUAUUAAAAUAGUACAAAAUGCUAAAAAAUGCCUUUCUUUCCCCAUAGAACAACUAUAAUUUGUAUCCCCUUCCUAAGAAUAUCCAAAUGUUCUGUGUAUGAGUGUUUUUUUUGUUUGGUUUUUUUUUUUUUGAGAGAUGAGUAUUUUGAAGCUUGCUCUAAUAUAAUCAACAAGUAGAUUGUACGAAAAUGUGCUAUUUAUUAUAUUGUCUAUGACAGUGGAAUGGUAUUUUAUAAUGUUUUAAUUUUAAAGAGAUAUACCUUUUACAGUGUGUGUGUGUGUGCAAGCGUUUGCUUCUCUUGGUCCUCAACGCCUAGCACUCGGCUUGCUGUGUCCACAACCCUUUGAAAUUUUGUACUUUAAAAUCUUUUGUAAAUCUAAUGUUGCUUUUAGCUCUUAGCAAAAGCACGUACAUGGGCAUAUCAAAACAUCUUAGACCAUGCAAUUAGUUGUUCAGUGAUUUUUGUCUCACUUUAGAUCAUCUUUAAUCUACUUUUUCCCUCUUUCUUUUUUUUUUAUUUUUUUUUUUAUAGUUUUUUUCCUAUUUUGCUCACUCUUCAGCAGAAAUCACUUACUGCGAUGUUGAUUUGACUAUUGUGAUUUGAGUCCGAUCAAAUGAAAAGUCCAGAAUAAAAUAUAUUUUGAUAGUA